AUGGCCAGCCCCGAGGAAGCACUGGAUGUAAAAGCCCUCCCUAAGAUUGAGCUCCAUGCUCAUCUCAGCGGCAGCAUCAGCCGGCAAUGCCUGCACGAGGUCUGGCUCCGGAAGAAGGCCGCCGGCGAGACGGACCUCGAGGACCCGCUCGUCGUGAUGCCCCCGGGCAAGCAUGACUAUGACCUCAAGACCUUCUUCCCGCUCUUCUCGUCCUACAUCUACAACCUCGUCAACGACGAGUGGGCGCUGACCUACACCACCACGCGCGUCCUGCAGGACUUUGCCGACGACGGCGUCGUCUACCUGGAGCUGCGCACGACGCCGCGCGCCCUGGGCCCGCUGUCCAAGGCCGACUACGUGCGCCGCAUCCUCGACGCCAUCGCCGCCUUCGAGUCGUCGUCGGGCGCGCGCCUGCGCACGCGCCUCAUCCUCUCCGUCGACCGGCGCAACACGCCCGCCCAGGCCCUCGAGGUCGUCGACCUGUGCCGCGCCUUCCCGCGCGCCCAGGUCGUCGGGAUCGACCUCUGCGGCGACCCGGCGAGGGGCGGCAUCGAGGCCCUGUCGCCGGCGUUCGAGGCCGCGCGGGCCGUCGACGGGCUCGGCAUGACGCUGCACUUUGCCGAGGCCGAGUGCAGCGGCUCCGAGGCCGAGCUGGACCUGCUGCUGGGCUGGCGGCCCGACCGCAUCGGGCACGUCAUCCACGUCGGCGAGCGGGCGAGGCGCGCCAUCGUCGAGAGGCGCGGCAUGGGCCUCGAGCUGUGCCUGAGCUGCAACGUCCACGCGCAGAUGAUCACCGGCGGCUUCGAGGCGCACCACUUUGGCGAGUGGUGGAAGGUCGACGGCUGCGUGCCUGUCCUCUGUACGGAUGAUGUGGGUGUCUUUGGCAGCCCGCUUUCCAACGAGUACCGUCUCGUGGCGCAGCACUUUGGGCUUACCAAGGACGACUGCUGCAAGCUGGCGCGGAAGGCGAUUGAUGUCAUUUUUGGCGGCGAGGAGGAGAAGGAGCGGCUCAGGAAGAUUAUGUGGUAG